GAAUAUCGUCCAGGGCAGUCGGCGACAAGAGCGUUCUUUGCUUAACAACAGGUCGUCCCCCAGAUCUUCCCUUUUCUCCCCUUCUGGUGGCAAUUGUCUCUGCAGUUUCCAACUGUGCGGCAUACCAGAAUAUCGAAAGUCUGUUCCAGCAGGAUCUGUGUGCCUGGCUCGGGAGGAGGAAGAAGAGGAACAGGAAGAAGAAGACGUCGUUGCCCGCCUAUCGCCCUUUCUGAAGGGGCCACUGAUAUCGACCCGAUCAGAGCUUUGGGCUCCAAACCACCACACCACACUUAUCACGAUGACCGUCAAUAUCGCGACAGACGCUGCUGAGCGUCAGGGACUCAGACUGCCAAAUCCACCGCCUCUGCUACACACGCGCUCAGGAAACGAUGUCUACGAUCGUCCUUCAACCCCCACCACCAACGGUUUCACCAGCCCCGCCCAGACACCGCAUGGCAGUCCGAGCAAGAACAGAAUGCCCCCAGGUGCACUGGAUUUGCCCAACGUUUUUGAAAAGGCCUUGAAACUGGCUCCAUCCUCGCCAAAUAAGUCAGGACUCAACUCACCUGGUUUCGCGCCGGGCAAAGGAGGGUUGAACGGUGCGGACGAUUCGGGCUUCAACGAGAGCGUCAUCCACCAGCAGCGAACUGGCAGCCCAACCAGAUCCGCCAACAAGGAGAAUACGCCUCCCAACCCUCUUCGUACAACGAAAGACCUCGGUCUGAAUCCGAAUGCAGCGGCCAUUUCGCGCCAUGAGCCCUACCAGCAGAGAGAGUCGGAUACUAUGCGGAGACAGACACAACUACGUGGACUGACAGCCGAAGAAGCCGAGAAGCUACAGCUUCCGAAGGUCAAACGUCUGGCCAACGUCACACAGCUAUAUUUCCUCGAUCACUACUUCGACCUUCUGAGUUACGUCCAUAACCGCCAGAGUCGCCAUGCGCAGUUCAAGGCUGCCUAUCCCCCGCCACCUGAAACACCUCUUGAAGAAUACGAGCCAGCAUUGCAUAAGUACCUGGGCCGUGAACGUGCCCACCUGCGCAAGCGGCGUACGAGACUGCGCCAGGGAGAUUUCCAGAUCCUUACGCAGGUUGGACAGGGAGGCUAUGGACAGGUCUAUCUGGCACAGAAGAAAGACACAAGGGAGGUGUGUGCACUGAAGGUUAUGAGCAAGAAGUUGCUCUUCAAGUUGGACGAGAUUCGCCAUAUCCUGACGGAGAGAGACAUCCUCACUGCCGCUAAGAGUGAUUGGCUCGUCAAGCUGCUGUACGCAUUCCAGGACGACGAGCAGAUUUAUCUGGCAAUGGAGUAUGUUCCUGGUGGUGACUUCCGUACGCUGCUGAACAAUACCGGUGUCCUGCACAACCGUCACGCGCGAUUCUACAUUUCCGAGAUGUUCAUGUGUGUCGAUGCGCUCCAUCAACUGGGUUAUAUCCAUCGUGACCUGAAACCAGAGAACUUCUUGAUCGACUCGACAGGACACGUGAAGCUGACGGACUUUGGCCUGGCUGCUGGAAUGCUCAACCCAGGCAAGAUCGAGUCGAUGCGCGUCAAAUUAGAAGAGGUUGGCAACACCCCGGUGCCAUUUGGCCGCCCAAUGGAGCAGAGAACUAUGGCAGAGAGACGGGAGGGAUAUCGCUCUCUGAGGGAGCGGGAUGUCAACUAUGCCAAGUCAAUCGUUGGUUCGCCGGACUACAUGGCCCCUGAGGUCUUGAAGGGCCAGGAGUACGAUUUCACGGUCGACUACUGGAGUUUGGGAUGCAUGCUCUUCGAGGCUCUCGCGGGUUACCCUCCGUUCGCAGGAGCAACUGUCGACGAGACAUGGCAGAACCUCAAACGCUGGCAGAAAGUUCUGCGGAAGCCCCAGUAUGAAGAUCCAAACUACUUCCUCUCCCGGCGGACCUGGGAUCUCAUCACUAGGCUGGUGGCUGCCAAGGAACAGCGUUUCAAGAACAUCCGGGAGAUUCAUACUCACGAGUACUUUGCGGAGGUGGACUUUACCCGACUGCGGGAGCAGAGGGCGCCAUUUGUGCCUGAACUCGACUCGGAAACCGAUGCCGGGUACUUUGAUGAUUUCAGCAACGAAGCAGACAUGGCCAAGUACAAGGAAGUGCACGACAAACAGAAGGCACUGGAGGACAUGGCAGACCGAGAGGACAAGAUGAGCAAGGGCCUGUUUGUUGGUUUCACUUUCCGACACCGCAAGCCCGCUGUCGAUAGUGAUGGGCGCAGCAGCCCGCGCAAACCCAUUGCGACCGAUGGAACAUUUGGGACCAUGAUCUGAGCCUUGGUGGGAGCGCUUAGUGGACAGCGUUUGUUCCUUUCUAGCGGUCGAUUUCUUUAUUGUUCUCCCCGGAUAGACGAGCUGGCUCGAAUCUCGGCGGGCUGCAUCGUUUCUUUAUUACUGCCCUUGCAUCUUUGAAAUUCUGAUUCGUGUCGUACAUGCCUCUUAAUGACCUACCCUUCUCUACUAUUGUCUUAGUGUGCCUCUGGCCAUGUCUUACUCUGCGCAGGAAGUCUACUUGCUGGAGUCGGAUGAAUUUGUUUUAGUGACUGUGUCUCAAAAAGGAUGGAGUUGACAACCUUCGGAGCGUAUUGAUUGUUCUGUAUGAAUAAUAAUAGAACAUGAAUGGAAUCUGAAAAAGUAACCGUUCCGUAGGCAACUUUUAAAAGUAAUUA